CCCACUUUCUGUCGGUCCGCGGGGAAGUCGCAAGAUGGCCGACGUCGCAUGAAAGUAUGUUCCUCUCCUCAACAUGAAGUCGUGAGUGAGCCAGAGAGCGAGGGAGCUUACGUCGGGCUUUUGUUUUUGUUUUAUUUUAGUUGUUUUACUUUAUUUUCCCCUUAAUUAUUCAUCCCAUUCCGAAUCGCGGCAGCCCCCGAUUUGUCUCGACUAGUUUGACGCGUCAAUCACGCCGGGACCUCGGCUAGCUGGCUAACUGCGCGAGCUAGUGUGUUAGCCACAAACUGUAGCUCUUAUAACUGUUAACAUCACAGUACAUACUGUAUUCACUAGCAGCUGGAGUUCGUUUUGAAUCACCUAACGGUCAUGUUGGAUAGCAACGGCGUAGUUGUUGUUUAGUUUGCAGCUAGAAAGCUUACAAAUAGGAAUUUUGAUGUUACCAACACUGUCGACAUCUUAACUGUAGCGUGCGCGCCGUUAUUCUCCAUCGUUACGCUGCACACCGUGCAACACCGUAAAUGAUCAAAACAGAGAGACUGUAGCGGGAUUAUACUACCGACACAGUAAGGAAUGGACGCAGAUUGCAUUUACAUGACCAAACCUAAAAAAUAGCCACGCGUAUCUGGAAUUUUACAGGGGGUCGUUCAGCACUUGUACUUGUGGGAUAAUUUACCGUUACCAGACAUUUCAGCUAUUUAGUUAUCCAACUACAACCGGACAGAUCUAGUUCUGACCGCACAACCUAGAAAUCAACUUCUUAAGAUUCAUCCAUCUCAAGCGCUUUGACAGAACAUGGGAGUGCAGGGGUUUCAGGAGUAUUUGGAGAAGCGCUGCCCCGGGGCGGCAGUUCCAGUAGAUCUUCUCAAGCUCGCGCGAACCGCAGGCCGUCAGCCCCCACACCACCAUCACCACCACCACCACCACCACCACUAUCCCCAUCACCCCAGCUCGCUGCCUCCGCCUCCCCCGCCAGCGCGCAUUCUGGUCGACGCAGACUCCGGCCUUCAGCGGCUCUACGGGGGAUACCAGACCGACUGGGUCUGUGGAGGCGAGUGGAAUGCAAUGCUCGGCUAUCUGGCGGCGCUCUCCCAGGCCUGUCUGUACCAAGGCGGACUGGAGCUGGUGGUGGUUUUUAACGGUACACUUGGGAAGGAUCGCUGGCCGGAGUGGGCGCGACGGGCGCAGGGGCAGCGACAGACCGCACAGCUCAUCGUCAACCACGUCGGGAGCAAGGCGACGCCUCCUCCGCGGGCCUGGUUCCUGCCCCCGGCCUGCCUGAGCCACUGUGUCCGCCUCGCCAUGUUCCGAUUCCGCGUGCGGGUGGUGCAGACCCUGGAGGACCACCAUCAGGAGGUGCUAUCCCUGUACAGAGACUACGGUUUUCAGGGUCUGAUUGCACAGGACUCAGAGUUUGCGCUAUGCAACGUUCCGACCUAUUUCAGCUCCCACGCUCUCAAGCUCUCCUGGAAUGGCAAGAAUCUGACCACGCACCAGUACCUGCUAUCAGAGGCGGCUCGCCAGCUCGGCCUCAAGACCCAGCACCUGCCCAUCUUUGCUGCUCUUCUUGGUAACCACAUUCUGCCAGAUGAAGACUUGGCUGCCUUUCAUUGGAGUCUGCUAGGCCCAGAACACCCUCUUGCCUCACUAAAGGUAAGGGCUCAUCAGUUAGUGCUCCCUCCAUGUGAGGUUGUUAUUAAGGCUGUAUCUGAGUAUGUGGCAUCCAUCAAAGAUCUUGGGAAUUUAGAUUCGGUGGCCAAGGAUGUUUUCAAGCAGUCACAGUCACAAACUGAAGAUAAAAUUGAGAGGUUUAAGAAGGCAGUGGAAUACUUUUCAGCGGCCAGUAAACCAAGACCUCUCUCCAUGGGACCGUCUCCUUAUCUCUUUCCUGGCUUUGGGCCUAGUCAGUUUAGUGGACCUCCAGGCCACAUGGGGGCAAUGCAGCCUGUAAAAGCUCAGUUUGGUCCACCCCAGGUGUCAGGUGUUAAGGUGCCUUAUCCAGGUGGGCUCUACGGACCCAGCCUUGCCACUGGUCCAGCCCUUUUAUGCCAGAACCCAACUCAGCCUCUGCAGGACUGUAAUGAUUCACUAGUUGGGAAAAUGGGCUUUGCUGAUUGGUCUGCUCCAUAUGAUUCCACUCAAGGUGGCAACCGACAGCCCAAUCAUCACACUGCUGCUCCUACAGGCCCCUCCCCCUCAUCAUCUUCGUCUUCAGAUGGGGAGGAGCAAAAUGACACCAGCACUAAUCAUUUGGCUGACAAGUCUACAAGAUGGGAAGAUCCCAGUGGACGGGGGGGCAGUGGCUCUGGGGACGGGCACCAUGGUAACGGAAGUGGGCCGUCCAUUCCAUCAUUGCUGUCCAUGCCAACACGGAGUCACAUGGACAUCACAACUCCACCCCUUCCACAGGUCAGUGCCGAGGUGCUGAGAGUGGCAGAACACAGACACAGAAGAGGACUCAUGUAUCCACAGAUCUACCACAUCCUGACCAAGGGGGAGAUGAAGAUGCCAGUGUGUAUAGAAGACGAGUGCAACCCCGACCUGCCUCCUGCUUCUCUACUUUUCCGUUCUGCCCGCCAGUAUGCCUACGGGGUGCUUUUCAGCUUGGCUGAGACCCAGCGGAGGCUGGAGAGACUGGCCAUGCGCAAGCGUAGUCCAGUUGACGUGCCUCCAGUGAUUGUAAAGGAGUGGUGUGCCAGUAAAGCUAAAUCUGCCCUGACCCCAGAGCUCGUUCCAGCCCUGUGUUUCCGCGAGUGGACGUGUCCCAACCUGAGGCGGUUGUGGCUGGGCAGAGCGUCUGAGGACCGUAGCCGCCGUACACGAGCCUUCCUAGCCUGCAUGCGCUCUGACUGCCCUGCCCUGCUCAACCCGACCUGUGUGCCAUCUCACCUGCUGCUCAUGUGCUGCGUGCUCAGGUACCUUGGAGAUGACAUCAUUGGAGACCUGUGUCUCAUUGGCCAUUGACAUUAGAGUGGUUCUUACUAAAUGAUUUGAU